AUGCAUACGAUCAUUCCUGCCAGAACACCACCUGAUGUUCAUGUAGGCGCGGUUGAAGGCUUAGGUUAUAACUAUGAGAUAUUGCCUUCCGAGCCAGUAAAAUAUCGGGGGCUGAUAAAACCGGAUGUCCACAGCGGAAAUAUUAGAGGACCACCAUAUCCAGAUCAAGUGUCAAAUAUUCGUGGCCUCCGAAAACCUAAGAAACAACCAACAACUAAAAAUAAGACACGACACCACGCUACCAAUGAUGAUUGCGUCUUGCCUAUGCCUCCACCUGGGAAUCGGCUCAAGAGAGAAUGCAUCUCUCCAUUACCUCACGCCUACGACGAGGAUGAUCCAACAGGAGUUAUUAAGCCCCGUACCAGAGACGUCCCUAAUAGCAGAGAAGUUAGAGAAUAUAUUCGUGUUUUCCAUCAGCCGCCCAUCGCACCUAGACAGAGCUCUAGGAAUCUUCGCGAAGCCGAGGAGAAGGAUGCUCAGCCUCAUUGCACGUUUUGUGAUGUUAGCCGCUUGGACGUCGAUGCCUGUAGCUUGAACGGGGGCACAUCUGACGAUGUGAUAGACUUUUCCACGCAAUAUAACCCCAGCAGUAGGCCAGGAAUCGAACGCUUAGACUUCAAAAAGUCGAUGCGUGGCCACAAGCAGAAUGACACGACUACGAAGACUGGUACGACUCAAAGACAACUACCGGUCAAACGCACCCACGAGGUACGUAACAUCAGUCUUCGAAGAAGGUCGCAUGUCAGUAUUCGAGAUGGACAACGGUUCAGUCUUGCUAAAUCCGUGAAACGACAACCAACAAUCGCCCGCGACUGGUCGCCCGCCCGCAAAAGAUUUGUCGCUUCUAUUGCAUGCAUCAGCACCGCCCUAAUCGGCGUCUUGGUUGGAAUUUAUGCAGGGCUGGUUCCGUCUAUCCAGUACUAUAUUGCAGAUUUCCACCACUAUUCGAUUCUUGGCAACGUCGGUUUCUAUCUUGGAAUGGCUCUUUCAACAUUCUUUUGCUGGCCGUUACCUUUACUACAUGGUCGCAAGCCGUACAUCGUGUGCAGCUUAUGCGUGGCUAUGCCCCUACUGUUUCCCCAAGCAAUUGCGGUCAGUACUCCUCGAUCUCCGUACACCGACGUGUGGAGAUGGGCCCUACUUCUUCCCAGGGCUAUCAUGGGCUGCGCUCUGGGGUUUGCCAAUAUGAAUUUCCAUUCCAUGCUGACUGACCUUUUUGGCGCUUCUUUAAUGAGUAGCAACCCGCACCAAGAAAUCGUUGACCAUUGCGACGCAAGGAGACACGGGGGUGGGCUCGGCGUUUGGCUUGGCAUCUGGACAUGGUGCUUCAUCGGCUCAUUGGGCAUUGGUUUCUUGAUCGGUGCUAUGGUCAUUGAUAGCUUGAAGCCAUCGUGGGGGCUAUACAUCAGCAUUAUGCUGAUUGCUGCCGUCCUUCUUCUUAACGUUCUCUGCCCGGAGGUCCGACGGUCAGCCUGGAGGCGUUCUGUAGCCGAAGUCAAGGUCGGUUCAGUAAUAUCCCGAAGAGUGGCUCGCGGUGAAAUCAUGAUGCACCGUGUGAAGGAUGGCCCGAAAUGGUGGGGUCAAGAAAUGUAUCAUGGUGUUGCACUUUCUCUAGAAAUGCUCCGCCAGCCUGGCUUUGUAGUUAUGGCUGUGUACUCCGCAUGGAUAUAUGCCCAAGUUGUUCUGAUCAUUGUCCUUCUGGGAUCUUUGUCAUCUAGACACUACCGUUUUCGGUCUCCAUUCGUGGGCGCUGCAGUAUCGUCCGUUGCUAUCGGUGCGCUAGCAGCAGUGCCGUUCCAGAAGGCCAAUCUCUUCUCUCGAUCCCGCUCUACAGGUCCAUUGACAAACAGUAUGACCUUCGAUAAAGCAGUAACUUGGACUUCCCACCUUGUCCGCCGAGCAAUUUUCGUGAUCGUACUUCCGAUUGCAGGAAUUUUGUACACUAUCGUCUCUUCUGGCCCACCCAUUCAUCUCGUAUUUCCCUGCAGCUUUGCAGCAAUCAUUGGCUUCUUAUCAUGCCUCGCCAUAGCUGAAUGCAAUGGCAUGCUGAUGGAGGCAUGGGAUUGUUCUGAUCUCCAGCCUGGCAUGACGGGUCGCUCCAGGUCAGGAAAAGAUGGCAUGAAAAGAAUCAACUAUUCAUCAUUCCCUCGAGUGACCGCCGGAUGGAACACCAUCCACAGUAUUGGGUUCAUUUUCGCUGCUGGUGCGACUGGCAUUGGGGGUAUAGCUACUCGAAAUCUAGGUCAAAGGGCCGCGACAGGUGUCGUUGCAUCCAUCCUUUUCAUGCUUUCGCUUUUACUUUUGGGGGUAUUUGCUCGAUUUCGAAGAUUGCAAAUCAUUCCAAACUCGAAGAGCAUGGAAAUGGACAAAUGGACACAAGAGCGACGGGACAGCCUCCGCCGUCGUGCCUCAGCAAUUGCUGCCGCGAAAGCCAACGGUCUCCAAGACGUGUCUGAAAUCCCUGAAGAAGACAUUGGCUAG